AUGUUUCUCACCCUCAGCCCUCUGGCUCAAGCUCACACGCUGCAUGACGUCACGCAAACGCCAUCAGCGCCACAAAAAGCGGCGCAAGCGCGGACAAGACACAGCGUCGACAGCAUCGCAGCGAACCGUCAAAAACUGGGCUGAGAUGGACAAGUGCGAAUGCUCAAAGACUGGAUCUUGUACCUGCGGGCAGAACUGCAAGUGUACGAACUGCACAUGCGCUAAAGGCGACAAAAGCUGCUGUUCCUCGGGCUGCACGAAGGGCGCGAGCAGCUGCGGCAGCGCCUGUAAGGACAAGGACAAGAGCAAAUGCUGCAAAUAAUGGCGCGUGAUGGUACAGCCUGCCACGCACUGUUAUUCUGAUUCAAUAAAACUUAACUCUUAUAUUUGUCGUA